AUGAGCUACUACGGCCAGCAGCCCCCCGUCGGCGUCCCGCCGCAGCAAGGCUACCCGGGGAAGGACGGCUACCCGCCAGCGGGGUACCCGCCGGCCGGCUACCCCCCGCCGGCGCAGGGGUACCCGCCGCAGGGCUACCCGCAGCAGGGCUACCCGCCGCAGUACGCGCAGCCGCCUCCACAGCAGCAGCAGAGCAGCGGGCCUUCCUUCAUGGAGGGAUGGGAGCCGCCGCCCCUCGUGGGUCGUGGCCUUGCCGUGGCGACGUGUCGGUUGCCACAAGCAAGGUAUCCUAGACCGUCUGAUCUGAAACUGGCGGUCCGGAUUGCUAGCCUCGGCGGCUGCCGUUUCACAUGCGUUUUGGCUGUGCUCGCCACUGAUGGUGGAGGGAGCCAUCCAACUGUUGGGUUGCUGUCGUGUGAAAGCCCUGAGACUUCCAGAUUCCUUCGGGGUAACAGUCAAUCAAAGCUCUUGUCACUUCAGCAAGAACCAGAGCACAUGCCUUUCUUUCUUCCAUUCACAGUUAAAGAGUACAGCUGCAGCAUCAUCGUCUGGCAGAGGUGGCAGCUCAUCCGUAUCGGAUACUUAGAUGCUACACUAGUGCAACAAACCCUGGUGCUAGAAACUGUGACCCUCAGAUCUGAAUCAUCGACGGAUCUAGGCCAUGUUCAGACGGAUCGGGCUGUUUGCGCUUUGCCUCAUGACGAUGUGAUGCAGCGCAAUGCACACCUUCUACUCGGUGUUGGGGUUGGGCAAGUUAAAGAACCUCACCUAAGUUCUGAAAUCUGCAGUCAAUAUGAUUCCUAA